CGACAGUUUCCCGAGGUGCCUAGUGCCUGAGCGGCACCGACGAGAGUAAGAAGGCAGGCAAGAUGGCGGACGUGCUGGACCUUCAUGAGGCUGGGGGCGAGGAUUUUGCCAUGGAUGAAGAUGGGGACGAGAGCAUCCACAAAUUGAAAGAAAAGGCAAAGAAACGGAAGGGCCGCGGCUUUGGCUCCGAAGAAGGGUCUCGAGCGCGGAUGCGUGAGGAUUAUGACAGUGUGGAGCAGGAUGGAGAUGAACCCGGACCGCAACGCUCUGUUGAAGGCUGGAUUCUCUUUGUCACUGGAGUCCAUGAGGAAGCCACCGAAGAAGACAUCCAUGACAAAUUUGCAGAAUAUGGGGAGAUAAAAAAUAUCCACCUCAACCUGGACAGGCGUACAGGAUACUUGAAGGGAUAUACUUUAGUUGAGUAUGAAACAUACAAGGAAGCCCAGGCUGCUAUGGAGGGACUCAAUGGCCAGGAUUUGAUGGGACAGCCGAUCAGUGUGGACUGGUGUUUUGUUCGGGGUCCGCCAAAGGGCAAGAGGAGAGGUGGCCGAAGACGCAGCAGGAGUCCAGACAGGAGGCGGCGCUGACAGGUCCUCUGUUGUCCAGAUGUUCUCUCCAGAGAUUCUCUUUGACCAUGCAGCCUUGGAGAAAUAGGGCUGAGGUGGAACUCACUGUUUAUAUUUAAUCUCUUAUCCUACUUAGUGGGGUUUUUUUUUUUGAAUUAUGAAUAAAUGUCCCAUUUUUUGUUUUGUACAUUUAAAAUUACUUUCCUUUUCUAACAUUGCAAGCUCUGAAGCAUUAUUUACAGUAAGGUAGUAUGGGUCACUAUGAGGAUACUUCUAAGGACUCAAUUCUGUGUGAAUUUCUACAUUAGAUAUCUCAAGUCUCAGAGUCAAAGUAUUUCUUUUUCUUAGAAGCUAAGAGAGCAGGGGUAGAAGUGAGGUGUUAUAAAAGCUUAGUUACUUUGUUCCUGUAUACUCUGUCUGAGCAAAUGGAUGUUAUAGGAAUGUCUCUUGUUUCUCCUGUCCUUUCUGUUGCCACAUUUGUUUGUACUUCCAGCUGUCUAAGGGUUUGCAUUUCCUGUCAGGGCAUUCUCUCAGAAUCUUUUUUCCUUAGAAGAGUCUAUACUGAGUUCUUGGUGCCUUCUUUGACAGCCAAGGGUAAAGGCCCCAUAGAAGAGAGGAUACAGAGGAGCAUUGAGAAGGCCGAAAAGGAAAAGGAUGUGGCUGAGGCUGAGGCUGGGGGGGGACUUCAUUUAGCAUGGUGGGAGAGAACCAGUACCACAGGCCCAGUAGGUAAUAAGGUGUCCGGCAGAAGACGAAGGUCAGCAAGACCAGCAGGGCCAGUCGCAGGGCCUGCAGACGUACACAGGAGCGGUUGUCUAAGGAGCGGCGGAGGGCAAAUUCACUGGCAGGGGCUGGGAUUUUAGAAAACAUACUCAAAUUCAGAAUCACUCAGUUUCUGAAUUGAGUGUAGGGUGAACAGAUGAAUAGGCAGAGAUGAUGAGCUGGAGCUCUCCUGAUACAGGGAAGAGGAUAUGACAAAUAGGUGGUAAUGCUGCAAAUCCUCUUCUUCCCCAACUGGGAAUAUAUGCUCUCCCCCCCGCCUCAGGGAUUAUGACAGACAUGCUGGAGAAGAGGUUUUGAUUGAGGUGUGGUGUUCUAUGAAGCUACUAAGUCUACUUGAAGACUUGAUGGUGUCUAAGACUAAAGCAGAAUACUAAUCACCUUUCUCCUUAAUCCUUGCCCAGCUAACUCAGCUUCAGAGGGUGGCUAGAGGCUGGUUAGAAUUGAAGGCAUUUAGAAAAUACUGGCAGCAUCAGGUACUGGGGUAUGGUUAUGAUACCAUUUUUGGUUUGAUAGCUGUCAGGCUAGAAGCAGUAGUUUUUAGGGUAUGGAUUGGGGCCCAAGGAUUGUAGUCUCACCAUAGUUCCCCUUCCUUGUCUGGAGACCAGACACACUACUGAGGACAUGGGCUAUAGCAGAUGGUCAUGGCUGUCAGUGGCAGCAGAAAGAGGCAGCAGAAGGUGAAGAGGUUAUAGGUGAUCUCUUGCCAUCAAAGCUGCCUUUGGUGACACACUGAGUGAAGGGGACUGGGCCAGCUUGGUGGACAGUGUGGAACAGGAACAGCUAGAGAGGAGUUUGAGGACUAUUAGAACUGGUCCCCCUUCACCCUUCCCUCCAGUCACAGAAUUCUAAUUCAUCCUUCCUUCUGUGCAGAGCUGUGUAGUGCUGCGUCCAUCCAUAGUGCCAUAUUUAAAAGGUUAAAAACUUGAGAAUUCCUAUCUUCCCCUUAGGCUAUGUAGCUAAUCAUUUAAGUUUGUUAAAUCCUGGGACUUAAGGAAUCUUGCCUUCUCAAGUACCAUUCUAAAGUCCAUUGCACUUUGCAAAAGAAUAUUUCUGCCACCUCACCAACAUUUUUAGCUGAAAUGAUUUUUCUGAUGUGUCUAAAUCUGUGGAAGAAUUUUUGUAUAAAAUGGGUGCUGCUAAAAUUUCAGGCCAUUUUGCAGCCACUCUGUGAAGUGACCUUUAGUAAAUAGUCUUAUGUACAAUAACUAUAACAGUGAAACAAUAUUAAUAAAAUUUAACAUUUUCCAAA